AAUUUAUGUGCUUUCUAUUUUCUUUUUUCAUCCAUUCUCAGUUUCAGUUUUCAUAGACCAUCAUGAAAUUAAUCAAUAAGCUUAGUCCCAAGCGUCUCUUUCGAUCUAACAAGAAGGAUCGGUCCGCCGUCUCCAAAUUUGACCCUUCAUCCUACAGUUCCGGUUCUGCUACAUCUUUGUCCUCUUCUUCGUCGGAAUCCGUUUCUUCGGUUCACAAAGGAAGCCAGCACCCUCCUUCGGCCACCGCCGGUACCGGAACACCCACCAGCGGUUUGCCCGAGUCAUCGGGUGACAGGUCAGAUUUUCCUGCUAAUUUUUAUCUUGAACUCUGUCAAGCUUUCAAAAUGGUGGAUGAAGAUAACGAUGGAGUCAUUACAAGAAGCGAGCUAGAGGCUCUGCUGAGCAAGUUCGCCCGGAAGCCGCCGAGCGAGGAGGAGAUUUCGGCCAUGAUAAGCGAGGUGGACGGAGACGACGAUGGGUGCGUAAGCCUGGAAACUUUAGUGAGCCGGGUUGAGGGAUCGGCUUACGACGAACCGGCCUGCGAGCCGGAGCUGAGGGAGACUUUUGAUAUAUUCGAUACGGAUGACGACGGGAGGAUCACGGCGGAGGAGUUGAUGGCUUUCUACAGGGAGAAAAUAGGGGAUGAACAGUGCACGUUAGAGGAUUGCCGGCUCAUGAUAGCGAGUGUUGAUAAGAAUGGAGAUGGGUUCGUGUGCUUCGAGGACUUCUCCAGAAUGAUGGAGUUGCAGAGAUGAUCAUAUGGUUAUAGAUUUGGGUGUUUGAUAUUAAGUUUUCAAAUUCUUUUUCUUUGAUUAUUUAGGUUGUAUUUUUCUUUCGUUUGAUGCAAAUCAAUCAUGCAAAUCAAUUGGAUGGUCUAAUUUUUUUUUGUUUGA